UUUUUUUGACCAGCAAAACACCACAGUCGCCAUUUUGACUGAGACCGAUCGCGGCGGUAACAACUGUGCUCACUCUUACCCAGAAACCCUUUUUCAAACUGGAAACUGUUUUAUGUUUCAACAUACACGUCGCCAUUAAAGUCUGCGUCUGGAAAUAACCCAACAAGUAGGUAAGAAUUACCCUUUUCUUCAAUUGUUGUUAAUGUGUUUCAGUAGCUUACCUUUUGGAUAUUAAUGUUAUUUUAGUCAUUGCUUAGUCGAUUCAAACUGCUCACCGACAUUGAAGGUGAAUUGUUCUGCAUGUUUAGAUUUGUUUUUAAAUGUGUCCACUUUAUUUUGAUUGAUAAUCAUGUCCUAUAAGAUUGACGCUAAAUUAUUUUAAAAACUGUACUUUUGUAACUAUAUUCUGAGUUAUUUCAAUCAAAUGUGUAAUUGUGCCUAGAUCAGUGGUUCUUAACCUGGGUUCAAUCGAACCCUAGGGGUUCGGCGAGUCUGCCUCAGGGGUUCGAUGGAGCCUUUGCCACCUAAAGACACCUCCGACUUAUCGUGUAAAUAAAAACUUCUCCCUAUCAGCGUAUUAUGGAUACCCCCAAUCAAUGUUCCCUCUAAUUUUCCAUCCGAUUUGCUGGUUGUUUGAUUGAUCGAUUGAAACUUUUACUGGCAAAUUGCAAAGGAAGAGAAUACAUUAUAAGAAACAGUACAGUUUACACAGUACAGUACAUAUUCCGUACAAUUGACCACUAAAUGGUAAAACCCAAAUAAGUUUUUCAACUUGUUUAAGUCGGGGUCCAUGUUAAUCAAUUCAUAGUAAUGUGUGUAAUUUGUUGUGAAUUCAUGCACUGUGUUGGUUUUGUUCUUUAAACAAGGUGAUGUUCAUGCACGGUUCAUUUUGUGCAUCAGUAAAAAAAACAUAUGACUUUUUCUUGAAUUUGAAAAAAAAAAACAUUUUAUUUUUCACUAAAGAAGGGUUCGGGGAAUGCGCAUAUGAAACGGGUGGGGUUCAGUACCUCCAACAAGGUUAAGAACCACUGACCUAGAUACUACAAUGCUAGAUGAGGUGGGGAUUUAUAACAGGAAUUACAUUUUCAUAAUGUUGUACCAUAUAUUUACUUUAAUCAAUUUGUGCAAUAACAACCACUUUCAGUCCCAUGGGGAGUGUUUUUUUAUUGAUUUUUGUAGGUUUAAAUCCAUCCUCUGGCCCUUUGCUGGGAUCCCUGGAUACGGAUAGCGUACCUGUCUUUGAGAAUACAUGAGCAGAAGACAUGUUUUUCCUGUCAGCUUUGGGUGUCAACAGCUGUAAAUACCCAUGUUCCCUCUAUCGCCAAUCAAAUGUUUCCAAGUGUCAAAAAUUCAAGCUGGCCCAAGAAGAUUUGUUUUUUUUCCACCCACCACUUGCACCUUUUUUGAAACCUGAGUUUUAGUCUUCCCCCCCCCCCCCCCAAGCUGCAACCCCCCUUUUUAAUUAAAGAUAAAUAGAUGAAGGAAAAGGACUUGAACACACCAUCAGUAAUGUUAAGCAGUCUGACAGAGAUAAGGGCUCUGGGCGACCCACCUUCCCAUUUUCCUCUUAUCUCAUGGAUCAAGUGUUCCUCCAGGACUUCAUACUGAAACAAGAAUACCCCAUCAUCAACCUACCAAAGAGGAAGAAAGUGUACACCUAUUGCCACCUCAGGUUGUCCUGUUGGCCAAAAAGACGACCAGGAAUCCAAAAUUCUUAACCUAAUAGACACCAACCAAGACCCACACCAGCCUCACUAUGACUAACCAUGGAGACGACUGCUAUUUCUUUUACUAUUCUACCUGCACCAAAGGAGAUGACUGCCCUUUCAGGCACUGUGAUGCAGCGAUGGGCAACGAAACGGUCUGCAAUCUUUGGCAGGAGGGACGUUGCUUCCGAAACGUCUGCAAAUUUCGCCAUAUGGAAAUCACAAAAAAGCGUAAGGAAAUACCGUGUUAUUGGGAAAAACAUCCAGCGGGCUGCCAGAAACCUCACUGCGCUUUCUUCCAUGAAAAGCCGCGCUAUGUUGUUGGUGUAGUCAUUCCACCUGACAUAAGUCACAGUGAGAUUGAGGAACAACCGCAUGAAGAGCCACCACCCCUACCAGCCACUCCUCUUCCCACUGCGGCUAAUCUCCAGUUGAGAGGAGUCAUGAAAACCGAAAGCCAAGAACCAGUUCCCAGCCCCACCCAUCCCCCAGUGGUGAUUAAUCCAGCCGAUGAUGACGAGGAUGAAGACGACCAAUUCUCAGAAGAGGGAGACGGUGUCCCAUCCCCAAGGAAGCGGCCUAAGUCUGUAGAUGAAUUGCACAACUUUGGAGUGAGCACAUUGGAGGAGAUACGGCUGAGAAGGGCCCUUAAAGCCAGCAUGAAUCGAACAAUACCUCCCCUUCAGAGUGCUGAUAGUCCUGUCAACGGCGAGAAGGAAAAUAUCCAAGCUUUUCGGGCCACCUUUAACACAUCUAAUGACGCAAAGCUGCUUUUUGAAGAAGGCUUCAGACGAAGAGGCAACAUAGCUGACAGACUUGGGAAACAAAUCCCCAGCACCUGUGUGAAAGGUGGAGAGGUUGUUCCACUGAAAAACAGUCUAGCGGAGCGUUUGGGUCGAUUUGUCAAUGAAGAAGAGGCACAAAUACCCUCUCCAAAAGCUAUGAGGUCGAUAAAGGAGAGACUCACAUUACCUUCUGGACCCAUUGCAGUCAGUCAAACAGAUGAGGGUAGCGCGGAAUCAAAGAGCACAAGUCAGCAGAUUCGUAUUAAAACUCUGGAAGAAAUAAGACUGGAAAAGGCAGCAAAGUCUCAGAGGCAGAACAACUGUCCUCCUGGAAAUGCAGAAGGGAUUAAAACCAAAACAGUCCCCACACAAUCCUCCAAGGCUGUAAAAAGAGUCAUUACUGUCGACAACAGCAAAAACGUUUGUGACACCCUCCACCCCAAGAAAAGAAAAGCAGCUCAGCAGCACUUAAAGCAAACAGCUGGGGGCGACAGAGUGUCGGAAGUAGCGGAACCCAUAUCUGCUGGCACAAAAACAUGGGAAGUUAGAGUGAAGACCUUGGAGGAGCUGCGCAGGGAGAAGGCAACCCGAAUUCAAGACCAUCGAGUUAAGCGUUCAAAUCUGGAGGAAGAGAAGAAGAUGGCUUUGAUGCCAAAAAACAACCUGGCUUCUCAGAGUGAAGACACGACAGACAAGAGUGUUGAAGUGAAUAAGACAACAUUAGGAGCUGCUGCAGAAGUAAUAGCUGUGACUACCCCCUCCAAAAACGAUGUCAAGGUGAAAACCUUUGAGGAGAUCAUGCGAGAAAAACAUCUCCGCAAGCAGGAAAUGGCUAAGCAGGUUUCCAGCUGCCAGCAGGCCAACACUCCCUCUGACAGAGAGCCUGCACCCAAACCAUUGGUGUGUCCCCUCAAAAAGAAGAUUGUGACCAAAGUCAGUUAUUCGCCACCACGUAUGUCCACUUUGGAUGCUGACAAGGUCCCACACAUUCAGAACGUCCGCGUUGAAAAGUUGAAAACAGUCAAAUCCAGAAACAACACGGGUGCGAGAUCAGUCCCUGCGAGGCAAAGUACCACACCCCUUCAAGAAGACCCUCACUCACUAAGUCACAGCAGCUCCAACAACAUCCAGGAAAACACCGCAGGUUUACCGAUUCCAGAUAGACUGCGGAGUCCAGCCCCCUAUAAAACACACAACACCAACACUAAAGUGAGGCCUAAACUGAAUGUGAAGCCAUCUGUCAUGCAGCCUUUACUGCAUGUGCAAGCAGGCAAGAAAAGGAAGGCAGCAGAGCGCUCGGCUGUCGCUGCAGUUAAACCUCUUAACAGUGCAUCUAUACUUCUGGACCAAUCACCGCAGCAGCCUGCAAGUUUGCAGGUGUCGUCAAACUCCAGCGAAGAAGUUGAGCUGUCGUCUCCGAUGUCGUGUAUUCUCAGCACCUUGUUGGAGUCCAGCUGCAGCUCCAGUGAGGAUCAGCACAACAUUCCUGCUGCAAAAGACAGUCUUGCUGCUACUACACAGACUCCUCCAGCCCACAGCUCCGUGCCGAAGGCUGCGCCUCAAAGUAAGUCUCGUCGACAGAGCGUGGCCGCAUCGCGCAAUUCAUUGUCGGCUGUGGAUGAGUUUGAGGACCUCAUCAAUGAAUUCACGGACGAUCAUCUGGAAGGAGACAUGGACCCCGGCAUUGGGGAGGACGAUCUUCUGCAGGAACUGUCAGACAUGAUUGACAGCUGAGGGCUUUUGUCAUGUAAAUAUCCUCCCUCUCAGUGCAACCAAGCCCAAUGCUGGUUUUCUAUUGGCCCUCAGCAUAUUGUAAAAAAAAAAAAUAAUACAAAUAAAUGAAAUAAGACAUACACAAAGCAAAGAUGUCUUGUUCAGAUAGUUUAGCAUAUUGUUCUGAUGUCUUUAAUACACCAAUACAGCUUUAAUAUUCACUGCCAUCCUAAUGGGUAUCAUUUGAUGAGAACGUUGUUUCUUUUAUACGAACAUAGUUUUUUUUUGGGCCAUGCUGAACAUUUUUAAACAUUAGCCAGAGACAAAUGUCAUCCGAAAGUGUGUACUAUGUAUGCAAUAGUAAAAGUAGUACAACAAAAUGCUACAAUUACUUUUGCUUUGGUUUUCUUAAACCUAAAUUUCUUACGACUUUUUAGAAAACCUUCUUAAAAACCCUUGCUCUAAUCAUGACUUGAUAAGUCGUCAGGUUUUUUUUACUUUAAACUCUUUGCUACAAUUUUAUUCAGUGGGUCUUAUUUAAAAAGCACUUGGAUGGAUUACAGUACUGCAGAACAUUUCAGCAAGGCAGUUGUUGUUUUUCAUGCUUACACAAAUAUUGCUUUGAAUUGUCUUAGUUUUCCACAAGCUCACUGUUUAAAGUGACCAAAGUAUUGUAAAUAAAGUAUUUUAGCUUCCA